UCUUGGUAAUGUUAGAAUUCCCUGUUACAUGUCAAGGUGACUCCUCUCAUUCAGAUCUCCAGUGAUACAAUAAAAUGACUUCGGCAGGAGUGUGAUGUGCAAGCUCAGAAAUGCCUUAUGUGGAUCGUCAGAAUCGCAUUUGUGGUUUUCUAGACAUCGAAGAAAAUGAAAACAGUGGUAAAUUUCUUCGAAGGUACUUCAUCCUGGAUACCAGAGAAGAUAGUUUUGUAUGGUACAUGGAUAAUCCACAGAACCUCCCUUCUGGAUCAUCACGGGUUGGAGCCAUUAAACUUACCUACAUUUCAAAGGUGAGCGAUGCCACGAAGCUGAGGCCAAAGGCGGAGUUCUGCUUCGUUAUGAACGCAGGGAUGAGGAAAUAUUUCCUACAAGCUAAUGAUCAGCAGGACCUAGUAGAAUGGGUCAAUGUGUUGAACAAAGCUAUAAAAAUUACAGUGCCAAAGCAGUCAGACUCACAGCCUCAUUCUGAAAACCCGAGCCGCCCGGGGGACUGUGGGAAGAAGCAGGUGUCCUACAGAACUGACAUUGUGGGCGGGGUGCCCAUCAUCACGCCGACGCAGAAAGAAGAGGCCAGCGACUGCGGUGAGGGCGCGGACAGAAGCCACUUGAAAAGGUCACCAAGCCACCUCCCCUGCGUCCCCCCCAGACCGCCCGCCGACAGCGCCGUCCUCAAAGCCGGCUAUUGUGUCAAACAGGGAGCCGUGAUGAAGAACUGGAAGAGGAGGUACUUCCAAUUGGACGAAAACACAAUAGGCUACUUCAAGUCCGAACUGGAGAAGGAGCCUCUCCGCGUGAUCCCCCUGAAGGAGGUGCACAAAGUCCAGGAGUGCAAGCAGAGUGACAUCAUGAUGAGGGACAACCUCUUUGAAAUUGUAACGUCAUCGCGGACUUUCUAUGUGCAGGCCGACAGCCCCGAAGAGAUGCACAGCUGGAUCAAAGCCGUGUCCGGGGCCAUCGUGGCGCAGCGCGGGCCCGGCCGGUCGGCGUCUUCUGAGCAGCCCGGCGGCCCCGAGCCCCGGCCCGCGCCCCGCGCCUCCGCCGCGCAUCCCGCCGCCGCUCGCAGCAGCUCUCUGGUCUCAAGCUUUACCCUGGAGAAGCGAGGACUUUGCGAGUCUCUUGCCAAGGUCAAGCCAGGGAGCUUCAAGGUCCAGACUGUCCCUCCAAGAGAACCAGCUUCCAAAGUGAGCGCACGCGCCCUGCCCGCCCCUCCCGGCAGGAACGGCCCUCGGGAGGGGCAGUGCGGCCCCGUGGACUUGGACUUGGACGACGCGAGCCUGCCGGUCAGUGACGUGUGAGCUGGACGCUCGGCAGCCGCCGUGCCAGCCCCCCCUCUCCUGAGGCUUCAGCCAAAGAUGACAGGGUGACAGGUCUCCACAGCCGUCACACGGCCUCGGACGUGCUCCUCAAGCUGAUAAACCAGGGCUGGGCGUGGCCACGCAGCGGCGCCUUUUUAAAGGAAAGACAGAAGCAGAGUCUCGUCUCCGCUCUCCCGUGUCGUGCGGCCUCACUUGGGUGAUGAAAACGUGUGUGUGAUGGUUUUUCCUAAUGAAUUUGAUCAUUACAUGUUUAUCCACUUAAAACAUUAAAAAUGCUUAUCAGUUAUCUCGGUCAUUUAAAAAAAUUGCUACUAUGACUUCCUCUUAGAUGAUCAAUAUUUACACAUUGUUGCUGUUAAUAUUAUUGAAUGAAAAUUGCCAGACCGAGAUACCUCAGCCCCGACGUCCGGUGCUGAGAUCCAUCCCAGGACGCGGGCAGGCUUGGUGCCCUGGGUCUCCGGGUGCGUGGGUUUCGCACAGAGGGGGUUCCUGGUCUGUUGGGGAGGGCUGUGGGCUGCACUGGGUGGAGAAAAGGGGAAAAGUAGAUUUUAAAAAGCUGUCUAUUGGACAUGUGUUUGAAAAAGGUUAAAGAAGGCUGCAGUAGUCAUUGCUGUAUUCAGUGGAAGUCAUUUGGUGUGACGUUUCUGGAGACCUGGUUUCCUAUGAAAGUUUGUACAAAGUUCUGAUUUCUGUGUUGGGUCCGUGAGAGACGCCAGGUUCCCUAGUUCUGCGAUGGGCCUCGACCGUCACCAACAGCCUCUAUUCAAGUGCCUGUGUGCCAUCUCGUCGCUGUGCUGAGUCCUGCCUGAUGGGUUUAACCCUUGUGCUGAGUAAGGCAUCAUUUUAUGUUAGAGAUACCAGAUGCCGAUGUGUACUGCCCGUGCAAUAUUUAUGUUUGAGAACACACAUUAGUCCACACUGUCCUGGGGGGUCGUUAGCAUAAACAUAAACAUCAGCGCCUCUGCAAAGCCCUCCGUCCGAGGCGCUGAUAACAGACCCGUCGGAGCAGGUGCCGGUUUGCAGUUCAGUCGUAAACAUUUGCUUUCAGAAAAGACUCUUGAAUUCACAUGCUGCUAUUUUUGUGACAUUUUACCAUUUCCCAGUCCUGUUUCGUUUUGAAUUCAUACAUGUCCCGUGUCUCCUCCUCAUUUUCUAAGAUGAGUUCUUGUCUGAGAAAGAGACUUCCUGCUGCCGCGGUGGGUCCAGAGGUCACUGUCCAUGACACUACUUACCAGAGCGUCACCUCAGCGCCCGGCGCGGGAAGAAUGCACCUCCUCCUGACGCAUAAGCUAAUGUCUUUAAUGUUUGUUUAGAGUUUCCUUCUCUGCAGCUCCAUCUGAAAGUGACAGAAGGGAAGGUGGUGAGCAGCUCUCACUUUUUAUUCAUUGUGCCGGCUCCUCCGAGGCCCCAAGCACGCCCGGGAGCUGGUGUGGACGCCGGCUGGGAGCCUCGGGCAGGUCUUGGUACCGCUUCUGCGUCGCAUGUUUAUUUCUCAUAUUUUGGUAAUUUGAUGUUUUUCAUAGUGACAAAGUGCUAUCUAUUUUGGGACUUUUUAUGGAACUACCCUUGUACUCAAUAGCAUAGGAAAACAUUCUUGUGAUUUUGGGGUCUUCUGAUAUUUAUCUCAGUACUUUUAUAAUAAUAUGAAAAUUAUUUAAUUAUUUUAAAACAUAUGCUUUCUUUGUAAACAUGUCACAUCUGAAUUGUCAAAUUCCUUUGAACACCUUACUGUUUGCUGCAUUUUUCUGUACAUGUAACAUGCCUUCUUUCAGAAUGGGGACACGCGUGUGCCUCUCAGCAUUUACCUGUACACGCGUCUUUAUAAUCCCGUGGUGGGACACUGUAACAACGAGAAUAAACCGCUCAGAACUAA